AUGAGUCAGGUUCACUGAUUUCGCAGGGUGCUCGACGUUAUUAGCGGUAUUGUAAAGCAGUCGGUGUCACGGAUAACGUAGGCUAUGGCGGAAUCCUUCGCUUUAUUGUGUCUUUUGAUAGUUCCGCACAUAGCUGAGGCUGUCUGUGAUAUCAGUUGGGAGACGUUGAACGAGAGGAUUUCCCAGGAGACGUAUGACUUCUAUAACCCACCGUGGACAGUGACUGGUGACAGUAUAGAAGUGGGUCUCAAAGUCGGCAUUUCUCAACUUAAAAGUGCAGGUGUGUCUGAUUUAUCAUUGACCAUACAUGUACUGCAGACCUGGAACGAUCCCCGGGUAUGCUUCAAUGCAUCCUCCCUACCUUCAGGACAGACCACGGCACCUCUGGCCUAUCGACACCAGGGAUUAGUUUGGAGCCCGGAUGUUUAUCCAGAGGGUGCUGUGACGUCAACACAGCAUGAUGUCAUUCUCCCUAAUGUCUUUUUGAGAAUUCAACCAAAUGGAACAAUUCUCAAAAGCAACAGGCUAACUGUCCAGAUCCAAUGUCCCACGUCUGACACAAAGUUUCCUAAGGGCAACCAGCGCUGUAUCGUCCGCUUCAAGAGCUAUUCCUUCACGACGGACGAGGUUUGCCUGAGCUGGCUGAAAGAAGGUUUCACGAAACUGGAUGAUUUCUCUUCAAACGUUGUUGUGGAUGAGAUUGCGAUCGACACAUGCAAACACACUCUGUUUUUAGAUGAACAACCUUGCAUUGAGCUGAGCUUGUCUCUGGAGAGAAAUUUUGAUGUGUACCUGACCCGCAUUUAUCUUCCGAGCGCCAUUGUUGUAUUUCUGUCCUGGAUAAGUUUAUGGAUAGAUGUCCGCCAGGUACCAGCACGUACGGGGCUGAGCGUCGUUUGUGUGCUGUCACUCAUGACUCAGACCGUUGGAUUGAUGGUGGUUUCUGACGAUGACGGAAGCAUUUUGGCGGUGGACGCGUGGAUGAUAGUCUGUCUGUUAUACACAGUCUGGGCCCUAGUGACGUUCAUUACGGCGCAUUACCUAGACAGCACCUGUCAAAGACGAGCUCAGAAGACCGCUAUAAUGAAUGUGGAAGAAGAGAUGAACAAUUCUAAAGGGAAGUCGUGUACUAUUGUAGGUUACAAAAGACUGGAGCGUGUUGUGAAAUUCGUAUAUCCCGUUUCGUUUGUGGUCUUCAAUGUGGUAUACUGGGCGUAUUUCAUGUCAGGUUGACACCUUUCAAAGGCAAACUUGGGAAUCCCGCAGAACAGUGGGGCUCUUUCACUACAAAUCGGGAUACGCGAGAACGAUCAUUGGAGAUUUCUAUCGUCGUUAACUCCAUUCCGUCCGUACGUCUGGCUAGGCAUGAGUGAUGUAAUGUGGACGAGCUUCCAACUAGUAUUUCCAUAUAUUUAGAUAUCUACAACAACCGAUGCUAUAUGCAUGAUAUAUGCAAUGUGGCAAUUCUUAAUGCAAAAAAAUAUAUAUAUACUUACUAAAAAUAAUAAAGUAACACGAACCUGUUUAUGAAUAUUUGUAUACUUGUAAUAAAGGGCCUUUUUGAAUUCAGAGUUGUCACAAUACAAUAUUGGAUAAGGUUGUACAGAAUGAAAGCAAACACCAAAAGGGUGGGAGGAUGGUUUUAUCUGUAAGCUUUUUAUAGAAUAUUUGAAGAACGCAAUAAAAAAUUGUUAACUACAGCGAGGGCUAACUUCACUUUAUUUAUAGCUGAAACGUGUGUGGAAUAGAAAGCAAGCUUAGAACUUGAUAAUUUAGACUAAGUUUAUCAUGUAUUCCAAGUCUUUCUAAUAUCAAUAUCAAAUAAUCGUAUAUGUAAAAACGAAUGUAGUGUCCUGGUUCUAAAUAUCAUAUAAUGAACAUGAUUUUUGUUUAAUCAGUUUGAUAUUGUUUUAUCAUUCAUCUCAUCGGCUUAGCUGUUUUUGGAUUGGUUCACAUAACCGUUUCUGCAAAAAUACAAACUUGGUUUGAGAUACGAAACGAACUUUGAUUUAUCUUGAAAUUAGCGACGGGUUUCACGUUUCGUAUGGUUACACCACUCGUCAUAUAUAAAAACGUCAUAUCUUAUACAUUACGCCUCUUAUUAAGAUUUUUGUAUCGCUGUUAUUCUCUGGCAGGAUGUACUAAUAACGGAAUGGAAACACACGAGUUACCUCCCGUUGACAAUUUUGGCGACGGAGAAUCACAGAAAAAAAAAUCAUGUUUUAUAUGUAUAAUUUUACCAUCUUUAUAUAACACUUACAUUAUAUAAUCAAGUAUUGUGAUACAUAACACUAAAUAUUUUUAGUUCAGAUUAUUUCCCUAAGCGUAAUCUGAAUAAUACUCUACACCAUGCUUUCCAAGCAUGUUUUUUUUUCAAUAUAAAAGUUCGGUUAUGGCAAUAUGUUCAACAAAGUAUGUUAGCUCUGAAAUGGUUCAUCAGUUCCUGAUUAUACUAACGUCAUUCGAGAAUGUUUUUAAAUACAGUGGAAAUGUGGGCGAGUUCCGUUGUUUAGAGAUAUAUUGGAAUCUUAAAAUGUGGGCGAGUCCCAUUGCUAAGAGACGUAUUGGGAUUCAAAAUGAGGGAGAGUCACACAUGAAAACACAAGUUCGUGACUCAAAUAUAGUGGAUAAAGAAGUAUGAGAAAGGCUGUUCCUGGCUCAAACCUACUGCCAUUUCCUUCAUUUGUAUAAUGUGCAGUACAACUUAAUGAUUUUAGUAGCAACGAUGGUCAAGUGUCGGGUUGGAAGUGGGUAAAGGUCCCCACUUCGACCCCUUGAAUAUAUUUUUUGUUGCGCAUUUUUAUUUCCAAAUACUACACAAUUUUUGAACGACUGUAAUUCUGAAAAAUGCAUCGAAAGAAGCAUCCUACAUGUUUAUGGAUAUAUUUGUAGCAGGACUUAGUGAAAUUAUACCUAAGGCAAUACCUGUUUACAUUGUACGCUGCAUCAAAGGGAAAUAACUCGAGCAAUGUCGGAACAGCUUGCCUCCAUGAUGGUAAGUUUUAUUGUUCAAUUAUAAUUACUAUUUUUGAGAGGGGGCGGGGGACUCGAGAUGGUAUGUUACAUUCUAGCUGGGUCAACUGAACUACAAUAACCCAGUAUACACAGGACGUCUCAAUUUCACGGUAAAUUCAUUAAAUUUGGAUCUGUUACGUGAAGAUAUAAGGAUGUUUAUAAGCUUUUAGAUGGAAAUAACUACAAUUAACAUAAUCCAAACACCGAAAAGGGAUUACAUUUAUAUAGUUCUUAUACUUGACUUGUAAUUUAUAUACAAUAAAAACAAAACACACAGCAGUUACUCAAAUACUUUAAAUUGUAUUAAAGAUUGACUUUGCAAAAAUAAGGUUUAAAUGCACUAUUCAGAAGAAAACCACCUAGCAGUUGUUCAGGUGCAGUAUUCUUUUGAUGAAUUGUAAUCAUACUACUAUGAAGAAAAUCUUCUUUCAGAUUUUUAUUUAUUUAUUUUUUUUACAAAUAUAUAUUAAUAAACAAUGAAAUCAAUACCAACAUUCACCUCACAUAAACGCUUGUCAUAAAUGCUGUUUUACCUGUAACGGCUUCCAUUGAAUGCAAACAUAAUAAAGAAAAAACCAUACAGUAUGAGAA